CCAGCUUCGGGUGGCUCAGAAGAUUGGGCCAAAGGCAAAGCCCACGUAAAGUAUUCGUACCUUUUCGAACUUCGACCGGAAGAACAAGUUUGGGAUGGAUUUUUGCUUUCCGAAAAUCAAAUCAUGCCUACGGCUAGAGAAACCUGGGAAGCAGUGAAGGUGAUCGCCUCGCAGACUCUGAACAUACCAAGUGUCGCCCGAGCUCCUCAACGCCAAACUCAGGCGCGAUCAUGUACGGAUCGGGAUACGUUGUGUGGCAGUUGGGCGCAGGGUGGCGCCUGCACCACUUGGCCAGAGAUGCGACAACGUUGUCCGCGAUCGUGCGGCUUCUGUGCAAAGUAG